CCGCCCGGCGCGCGCCCCCUGCGCGGCCCGGGGUGGAUCCGGCGCACUCCCCUCCCCCGAGCGCCGGCGGCGGGUGCUGAAUGAGAGACGCCGACUGUUCGGCUGGGCGAGCGCGCUGCCUCCACUCGGAGCUGCUGCGGGCGAAGCGGAGGCGACGGCCGCGGCUACACAGGAAUAAUGUAUUUGUGGCCUUGGACAUGAAGUAGUCAGACCUGUUGCUGUUGCUGUAGGACCAGGGGCUGAUGAGGGAAGCAUGGACCUAAUGAACGGGCAGGCAAGCAGUGUUAAUAUCGCAGCGACCGUUUCUGAGAAAAGUAGCAGCUCUGAGUCGUUAAGUGAGAAGGGCUCUGAAUUGAAGAAAAGUUUUGAUGCUGUGGUAUUUGAUGUUCUUAAAGUUACGCCAGAAGAAUACGCGGGUCAGAUAACGCUAAUGGAUGUUCCAGUGUUUAAAGCUAUUCAGCCAGAUGAGCUGUCAAGUUGUGGAUGGAAUAAAAAAGAAAAAUAUAGUUCUGCACCAAAUGCAGUUGCUUUCACAAGAAGAUUUAAUCAUGUGAGCUUUUGGGUUGUCAGAGAGAUUCUCCACGCCCAGACACUGAAGAUAAGAGCGGAGGUCCUGAGCCACUACAUUAAGACUGCUAAGAAACUAUAUGAACUUAAUAACCUUCAUGCACUUAUGGCUGUGGUUUCCGGCUUACAGAGUGCACCGAUUUUCAGGUUGACUAAGACAUGGGCGUUAUUAAGUCGAAAAGACAAAACUACCUUUGAAAAAUUAGAAUAUGUAAUGAGUAAAGAAGAUAACUACAAAAGACUCAGAGACUAUAUAAGUAGCUUAAAGAUGACACCUUGCAUUCCCUAUUUAGGUAUCUAUCUGUCAGACUUGACAUACAUUGACUCAGCGUACCCAUCCACUGGCAGCAUUCUAGAAAAUGAGCAGAGAUCAAAUUUGAUGAAUAACAUUCUUCGAAUAAUUUCUGAUUUACAGCAGUCCUGUGAAUAUGAUAUUCCCAUGUUGCCUCAUGUCCAAAAGUACCUGAAUUCCGUUCAAUAUAUAGAAGAACUACAAAAGUUUGUGGAAGACGAUAAUUACAAGCUCUCGUUAAAGAUAGAACCUGGGACAAGUACACCACGUUCUGCUGCUUCCAGAGAAGACCUAGUAGGUCCUGAAGUAGGCGCCUCGCCCCAGAGCGGGAGGAAGAGCAGCGCGGCCGAGGGGGCUUUACUGCCCCAGACGCCCCCGUCCCCUCGGAACCUGAUCCCGCAUGGACACAGGAAGUGCCAUAGCUUGGGUUACAAUUUCAUUCAUAAGAUGAACACGGCAGAAUUUAAGAGUGCGACAUUCCCAAAUGCAGGGCCACGGCACCUGCUGGAUGAUAGCGUCAUGGAGCCCCAUGCACCAUCCCGAGGCCAAGCUGAGAGCUCCACGCUCUCCAGUGGGAUAUCCAUAGGGAGUAGUGACGGCUCUGAACUAAGUGAAGAGACCUCGUGGCCGGCUUUUGAAAGGAACAGAUUAUACCAUUCUCUCGGCCCGGUGACAAGAGUGCCACGAAAUGGCUAUGGAAGCCACACGAAGGCCACCAGUUCUGCGGAGUCGGAAGACUUGGCCGUGCACCUGUACCCAGGAGCUGUUACUAUUCAAGGUGUCCUCAGGAGGAAAACGUUGUUGAAAGAAGGCAAAAAACCCACAGUAGCAUCUUGGACAAAGUAUUGGGCAGCCUUGUGUGGAACACAGCUUUUUUACUAUGCUGCCAAAUCUCUGAAGGCUACAGAAAGAAAACAUUUCAAGUCAACGUCGAAUAAGAAUGUGUCUGUGGUGGGAUGGAUGGUGAUGAUGGCUGAUGAUCCAGAGCAUCCAGACCUCUUUCUGCUUACUGACUCGGAGAAAGGAAAUUCAUACAAGUUUCAAGCUGGCAGCAGGAUGAACGCAAUGCUGUGGUUUAAACAUUUGAGUGCGGCCUGCCAGAGUGACAAGCAGCAGGUUCCUACAAACUUGAUGACAUUUGAGUAGAGGCCUGAGAAAGAGGAGGUGUACCAUUGUUCCAUCGCGUGGAGCAAGGACCUGCUGAGAGCAGCCAGCCGCACCAUCCCGUGCCAGGGAGAGCCCCCAGGCUCCAGCCCAGCCUCCCUCCGGAGCUCAGAACCAAAAGCACUCAUUUCAGGGAAUGAAGAGAGAUUCCCAGAGAACACAUUGGAGUUGCAAAACAAACUGCCAUGAACUACAUACGCUUCUUAUCUCCGAACUGACCUGUGGAAACCACUGCCUUAACAGAGUGAGGGAAAAGCAACACCAAAUAGUGUGUGUGAAUCUUCUGGCGGUGCUGUGCUUGGAAUAAAUUGUCGCUAAUUUGCGUUUCUUUUAA